AUGGUUGGGGUAGAUCUCUUGGUGACUUCUUUAACCCCAAUGCAAAUGGAGGUGGAUGGUGACUCCUUGGUCUUUCCCGUGCCUGUCUGUACGAGGGCGGCUCUUACACAGGUGGUCGAUUUGUGUGCUGGGAUGGGAGGUUUUACUGCUGUGAUUGAUCGGCUUGGAUUUCAUGCCAAGGCAGGGGUGGAUCACAAUGGGAUUUGGCGUGGACUUUACCAGUCGUUGCAUGAGGGGGCCACUUUUCAUGCUGGGGACCUUAUGGACUCGGUUGUGCUUCGUGAACUCCUUGGUCAAGGGUUGUUUCAUGGCAUUGUUUGCUCUGGCAUUGCCUGUCAGCCUCAUUCAGUUCUUGGGGAUCGCAGAGGCAUGUCUGACCCCCGUGCUGAGUCGCUUCCUAAGUCCCUUCACCUUGGUUGGUUGCUCCAAGCUGCAGUUUUGAUUCUUGAGUGCACCCCUGAGAUUUUGCGAGAUGCUCAGGCCCAAGAGAUGCUUCGACAGUUUUGUGUUGCCACAGGGUACCGACUCACCCAAAGCAUCCUCAAAUUGGGAAACACAUGGUGCACAAGGCGUGACCGAUGGAUUGCAGUUUUGACAGCCCCAGUUGUCCAGGUUUGUGAACUUCCUGACAUGCCAAAGGGUGACCAAAUCCGUGUGAUUCAUGACCUCAUCCCUGCCUUCACCCCCUGGCACCAGUUUGAUCAAGAUCAAUUGGUUUUGAACUUGUAUGAGUUGUCCAAGUACUAUCAAUAUGCAGCGGGGGGUAUGGAUGCGGUUUGGAUUCGGGUCAUGGAACAGCUGCCUACCUUACUUCACAGUGCUGGCAAUCAGAUGUACACCUGCGCAUGUGGAUGCAGGGCAGCCCUCUCGGAAGCCAGGUUGAAACAGCGUGGAUUGGUAGGAACUUUGACUCGUUUGGACACCUGUCAGACACACAUGAACCAGUGCAUGCAACAUGCCAGAUAUCUGCACCCGUUGGAGAUGUGGGUUUUGAUGGGGGGCAGUCCCAAAGUCUCCAUGGGACACAACCUGCGGCUUGCAAUGUCGGGAGUUGGCCAAGCAGUCUCGCCGUUGAUGGGGCUUUGGAUUUUUGCCCAUGUCCGUCAAUGCCUGGAUAGGACUUUUGAGGUGUCUCCAUGCCAACCCAUGCAGGUUCUCACUGCUUACAUGGACCAGGUAAUUGCUGAAUGUAGGGAAAAAUGGCCUGUUCCAGUGCCUCCCACUGCGGUGGAUGCUGUUUCUGAUGAUCCAAUUGAGGAUGUUGAUUCCCCAGCCCAUGCUUGCAUCACGCUCAGCCGCCCGUGCUCAGGUGAUGCGGAUCUCCAGCUGAAGAUCUCCCCCAAUGCCACUGGUAUGGACUUGCUUGCGGCAGAGCAGAAACUUGGGAAUGAUGUCACAGGUUUUCAGCUUCGGGUUGAUGGGGAAUCCCUGGAUUUGGCCUCAGUUUUGCCGUCGAAGUCCCUUGUGUCCCUUGUCCCUCCCACGUGGACUGAAGCGUCUGUGUAUGCCGAUCCUGUCAUUCCAUGCUGCUUGACUGCUGAUGAGCUUCUCCGAUAUGUCCGAGCUGCUGAUGCAACUGAUCCGGGUCCGGUCACUGAUUUUGGUGUCCUUCAGCAACUGCGUGCCCCGACCAUGUCCAGAUGUGAAAGGGUCAGUUUGCUUGACAUGCAGGGACCGGUUUGGGGUGAUGAUGAGGUCUUACAUGGACUUUUGCAAACCGCCAUUGGUACAGACUGUGAUCAGCAUGUACAUGUGUGGGACCCUCUUUUGAUCACUGGCUUGGUUCAGCAUGAGGUCUCAGCCACUUGGGCUCGGUUGAUUGCACAGCUUGGGUUUGAAGCGACUGUGGUUUCUGCGGUGUUGCUGGGAGGACAUUGGAACCCCUUGGUGUGGCGUGUUGAUGGUGUUGGAGCUAAGCUGCACACUUUGUCGGUUACUCCUGAGUUUGAACAUGUCAUGAUUGCCUUGAGCCGGGUGAUUGACUUGCACCGGGGGGGAGCCAUGGGGGUCUGGAAGGCCCACUCAGUUGGAUUUACACCUGUGGGUUAUUGCGGGGCUCUGGUGAUUGCGUUUGUCAGGCAUCUGCUUUGGGGCUGGCUCAUGGUGACUGAUCCUGACUCCUUGGUUUAUUACUCUGGUGGACUUCGCAAGGAGUUUGUUGAUUUGGUUCCUGACUUGUGUCGUCGUCCCUAUCUUGCUGGACUUGGUGUGUCAUUGCAAGGGCGUCUUGCUGAACUUUUGACCCAACAUGGUGUGAGCCCACAUGAUGCUCCUGGAAGAGCGACAGCGGCCAUUAAAGCCUUAGGGGAACUUGAAGUUGGCAAGGCUGUUGAUGCUGGCAAUCCAUGGAAGGAGUGGAAAUGGUUAGGCAAUCAGUGCCGGCCUCCCUUUAUGCUUGUGCGGCCUCAAGAACUGCAAGCCCAAAUUGACAAACGCUCCGCUGACAAGCCCAUCGGCCAAAAGCGCCACAAACACCACAAAUCCAAAGGGCAUGGAAAGGGCAAUUUUGCCCCUGUCAGUGUGGACCCUACCCUGCUGCGUCUUGAGCCUGGAGUUUUUCAAAGUGAGAAUGGUCAGCCUCUUUCUCAAAUCGGCUUAGCUCAGGUCCGGUCUUCUGCCUCAGGGGUUGUGGUUGUGUCUGUUGCUGCCAUUGACCCGUAUCUUCAAGCCCAGCAUCCUUUGUCCUCCGGUCCUUUGGCCUUGUUUGUUGUUGAUGCACAGACUCCUCCUGCCACGGGGUUGCCCAUGUCUCCACAAAGGGUUCCCUUGGUCUGCGCUGCCAACUCCGAACCACUGCUUGUUGAUGGAUUUUUGAUUCAGCUUGGUGCGGUCCCUGUGUGUCGUACUCCCAUUCAGCAGAGUUGUGAGGUUCAGAGUAUCCCCACCUGUGUCGUCAAGGCAAUGGUCUUCAGGGAUCAGACAUCUGUCCCAUGGGAAGAAGUGAUUGCACACCCCAUGUUGCAUAUCUUUGCUCAGGUCCCGCCCUUGCAAACAUGCAAGGAUUCCGAAUGCUGUGGAUGUGAGGGCUGGCACCGCACUGAGUCACUGCCAAUGGACUCACCAGUGAUGGAGCUGUGGGGGAAGCAAUGGUUGAGGCUGGACUUUAGUCAGGUGUCGCCUUCUGAUGCGGAGUUGUUUACAGCCCACAUCCGGUUGCCAGAGCAGCUGCAACAGCUUGUGCAGCAUUUCUCGGGGCAUGGGGGUGUUUACUUGGAACCCAAGUCUCUUGAUGGCAGGCGUCCUUCCCAGGAGUUCCAAGUGGUAUGGCUUCCCAAGGCUGAUCAUGCUCAACUCAUGGUCCAAAGACAGACGGUUCCACAUGUUGUUGGCCUUGCCCGUCUGGGCAACAAGAUGGGCUUGCGUUGCUGUACUGUGCAUGCUGCUGAGGUUUUUGCACUGGUUAAGCCGGGUCACACAUUUCUCCCUCCUGGGCGUCGGCACACGUACUUGGUUGGUCCUUUUGCUUUUGGAACUUUGCAGUCGUCGGUGGCUAAGGUUCUUCUUGACAAUGGCUGGGUGGCGAAGCCCAUUCAGGAACCUCCACAGAAGCUCAUACGUAUGGUGCAUGGUGAUGUCGUCAUUGCCAAGGAGACUGACCAGGAGUUGCCAGAUAGAAGUGUACCCAAAGUUGUUGCCACGUCAGCCACGGAGUCCUUUGUCUCCAAGCCUUUUGAGGGCGACACCCUUCAACAACAUGACCCUUGGGCUCGUGCCGCCAGCAAGUUGCCGGGUAAAGCUCCAACGUUUCCCAUUGGCAAUCCACUUGAUGAUGUUGCUCAGAAGGUGUUGGCCGAAGUCAUGUCCAAGAUGCCUCAGCCAGGAAUGGAAGUUGAUGGGGAUGAUUCGGCCAGUAGGAGGGUUGAAGUGCUUGAGCAACAGGUCAAUGAACUUCAAGGUCAGACCCAAGCACUGGCAAAGCAAGCACAGCAAAAUGCCCAGGACUCCCAGACCCAGUUCAGUGCCAUCCGAGGUGAAAUGCAACAGCAGGGUGCCCAUUUUGAGAAAGCCAUUGCCGCCCAGGCUUCGGCCAUGCAGGGUUUUCAGGACACCUUCCAGGAGCAAUUUCGCCAACAGGUUUGCCACCAGCAGACGAUGCUGGACAGCAUGUUCAGCAAGCAGAUGACACAGUUUGAGCACCUCUUGUCCAAGAGGCCCUUGGCUAUGUGGAUUCCCAGCCACUCUGGGUUGGAUUUUGUGAUCUUCUUGAUUUUGGGGCGGAUUGAUAGGGUGUCUGUCGCUCAGAUGCAACAGCACAGCCGAGAAGGUGGUUGGACUUGGACUUCUACCACCUGUGCUGCAGAUGCAGGGCAGCGCCUGUAUCGUUCUCGGUGCACAGGUGUUCGCAGAUGGUUUUUGCUGUUUUGGCUCUUUGGCCUUCUUCGCAUUGGCGAGGCUCUUCACCCUGGACCCAAUGAAAGCCAGCAGGAAACUUGGACUCUUGGGGUUGCUAAUCCCAGUGGGCUAAAUGGUAAGUUGGAUCAGGUCCAUCACUUGGAAGGUGACGCUUGGAUUUUCACUGAGACGCAGCUGUCUGCCAAAGGAGUGUCUGAUUUUGUCAAAGGUCUCAAGAUGCUCCGUAGUCCCUGGAAAUAUGCCAUUGCUGGGGCCCCUUGUCUGCGCCGAGCUUCUUCUGAUGUUGGUUCUCACUCUGGGGUCAUGUUCGUGUCCAAGUUUCCCUCCCGUGCCUUGACUCAUGGGUUUGAUGCAUCCACUUUUGACUCUGCCCGGCUUCAGGUUGUUGGUAUGGCCGUUGCUGAUCUGUGGAUUACUGCUGGUCUGUUGUAUGGACUUCCUUGCAAUGCACACCACAAGCAGGCCAGGUUCCAAACCGACUCCCUCCUUGCGGAAUUGGUGGACCGCAUAGGGUGUCAAACAGCUGGCCCUCGAGCCAUUGGAGGGGAUUUCAACUUUGGCCCUGAUGAACUGUCGCAGCUGGAUCGCUUACGCUCCCUGGGCUUCAGGGAAGUCCAGGAUUUACGUGCGUGGAGGUUUGGGGUUUCUGCUGAGGCCACUGGGAGGGGAUCCAGACGUAUUGAUCAGCUUUGGAUUUCGCCAGAAUUGCAACAUGCUUACCUAAGCACCAAUGUGGCUUUUGACCAUUGGGCUGAUCAUGCCGCAGUGACUGCCACCUUCUCUGUUCAGGGACUCCAACAAGUUCACAUGGCUUGGCAUGUUCCUCACCCCUUGCCGUGGCCGUCGGACUGGUCUUGUCAGGUUCAAGUGGAUUUUGCUUUGGGUGCCACUGCUGCCUAUGCUUCCUUUUGGGGUCAGGUGGAAACGCAAGCGAAGUGUCGUGUCCAGCAUGAUGGGUCUUUUGUCUCCAAGAAGCAAUGUGGUCGUGCUGGUGUUUUGUCUCCUGUUCCCACCAAGGAGUUUCUUUGUCCGAUGAAAAAGGGCCGCAGAGGGGAUCUCCAACCCACUUACUUUGGGGUCAGCCUGCAGCAUGCUCGAUACUUUCGACAGCUGAGACGUUUGCAAUCUUUGUGUCGUUUGUUGGCCAAGGGGGUUCAUUCGUGGAACGGGCAGCUCAACCGGGAUGAAACAUGGAAGGCUAUCCGUCAUGCUGCUGGCUUUGCUGGGGGCUUUGGACUUUGGUGCGGGGCACAUGGACUUUGCCCACUGGCCCUCUUUGAUGGAUUCCACAAGUUUGUUCGGCAGUAUGAAACAGAGCUCAUCAGAGCCCGUUACCAGUUUGCCAAGUCUCGGCGUGAGCAUAACCUGGCUUAUGUCUUUCAGGACUGCAAGGAUGACCCCUUGCCCCAGGCAGAUACGUUGGUUGACAGCUUGGUCGUUGGCGUUGAGGAGGUGCGAGAAGAGGAUGCUUCCUUGGUCUUGGUUCGACCUAGCCAGCUUCUGGAUGGCUUGCCGGUCGUUGUUGGUGGGCGUGUGGUUGAGGUGGUUGCGCACUCUGAGGAUCAGGUCUGGGUGGAUUCAGUUGGUGGCCUUGAAUCGGGAAUGUUCCUUACUCAAGAGAGGGCUGUGCAUACUGAUGAGGCCAUUUUGGCCCGUUUUGCUCAGGUGUGGGGGCCCAGAUGGCUGAAGAUGUCGCAUGUCCAGGAUGGGCAAUGGGAUCAGAUUUGUGGGUUUCUUUCACGAACCGUGCGGCCGUUGGACUGGUUGUGGCACCCAUGGACUGUUGACCGAUUCCGAUCUGCUGUGGCUCACAAGAAACCAAGGGCUGCAAAGGGGCCAGAUGGUGUCUCUAGAGCUGACCUCGCUGCCCUGCCUCCGGAAGCAUGUGAGGUGUUUUUGGACUUUUACCGUUCAGUUGAGGCAGGUCAUGAGUGGCCCACUCAAAUGGCAUCAGGUUUUGUUUCUAGUCUUGCCAAGACACCAACAGCACAGAAGGUGGAUGAGUUUCGUCCAGUGGUGGUUUACAGUUUGGCUUAUCGCAUCUGGUCCACAGAGCGAGCCCGUGAGGCCCUUCAGUCCAUUGCCCAGGUGUUGCCGGAAAGUGUCAGGGGAGGGGUGCCAGCCAGACAGGCGAAGUCAAUUUGGUAUGAGCUUGCGUCAGUCUUGGAAAUGGCCUACCUUAAUGAUGCACCGGUCCAUGGACUUUUGAUGGACAUCCAGAAAUGUUUCAAUAACAUACCACGCCAGCCUCUCUGGCAAGCGUUGAUUCUCAUGGGUUUUCCUGUUGCCACCUUGCGCCCCUGGGUCUCCUUUGUCUCGUCUCAGAGUCGUCGCUUUCGUGUUCGUCGGUCUGUUGGUGAGCCGUUGAUCUCGACAUGUGGCCUGCCGGAGGGGUGUGCCUUGUCUGUCUUUGGCAUGACUGUGGUUGACUGGAUGUUGGAUCUUUGGCUCCAAGCUCUUGAUGUCACUGUUGACUUGCGCACCUUUGUCGAUGACUGGGGGUUGUUGUUCCGAGAUGCCCAGGCCUUUCAACGCAUUUGGACUUCCCUGGAGACUUUCACUGGGCAAUUGGACUUAGCCCUGGACAUGGCCAAAACCAGGCUGUGGUCGACUGAUGCCAGUGCCCGCAAGGAAUUUAAGCAGACUGAUGUUAAAGUGGCUUUGUCAGCACGAAACUUGGGGGCACAUCAAAACUUCAGUCGCCAUUGUCACAAUGCUGAGCUCCAGAAACGCCUGGGAACUCUGCCGAGAGUUUGGGUUCGCUUGCGGGCGAGCCAUGGGCCGUACCGCCAUAAAUUGAGUGCAGUGCAAUUGCUGGCCUGGCCUCGAGCACUUCAUGGGGUCACUGUGGUUCAUGUUGGAGAGGCACAUUUCAAAACCUUGAGAUCAGGUGCCGUACGGGCUCUCCGGGCAGAUCGUAAAGGAGCCAAUCCCUACCUGCAUUUGGCAACUUCGGCAGUUCAAUCAGAUCCGGAAGGUUGGGCUAUCCUACAAACCCUGCGUGACACCAGGGAACUGGGCAGGGAAGACCAAGUCGAAUCUUUGCUUGGAUUGUUUGCUACCUCGUCUGACCGGCUUCCUGCCAAUGGCCCUACUGCAGUUUUGGCUGUGCGCUUGCAGAGGUUGGGCUGGGGUAUUGGCAGUCAUGGUUUGGUUCAAGAUCGGUUUGGCUCCUUUAGCCUUAUGCAAGUGGCUUGGGAUGAGUUGCUUUUGCGCUUUCGCCUUGCCUGGGGUUUUGUUCUGUCAGGUCAGGUGGCACACCGCCCCACUUUUGAUGGACUUGAGCAUGUCGACCUGCCGGAGCUCCAUCGCACGCUGAAGCAAUUCAGCCCAGCAGACCAGGUUUUCUUGCGCUGUCACUUGGAUGGUACUUUGUUCACCCAGAAUGCUAGGGCCAAGUUUCAGACGGGCGUCACUGACCAAUGUCCUUGGUGUUCCUCUCCUGAUGGAUUUCAUCAUCGGGCUUGGAUUUGCCCCCACUUUGCCUCGUGUCGGAGUCAUCUCACAGCUGCUCAACUUGAGGUUCUCCCCACUUUGCCUCCUUGUCUGCGUGAUCAUGGGUGGCCGAUCUUGUUGCCGGAGUGGGAGGUGUAUGCUGGGUUUUUGCUGCGGGAUGAUGGAUUUUCUAAGAUGUCACCAAUAGAUCCCCCAACUCAUGGUUUCCUUAAUCGGCUCGAGCUUUUUCUGGAUGGUACCUGUGCAUAUCCGCAGGAAACGCGGUUACGCUAUGCGGCAUGGGCCGUCACCAUGGUGUUGGGACCCGCCGGGUCGCUGGACAAUCAACUGUUGCUUGGAGGCCACGUGAGUGGGUUAUGCCAGUCUGCCUUCCGGGCGGAAUUGACAGCAGCGGUAAGGGCCAUCCAGUGGGCCGUGCAGAGAGGGCAGCCAGUCCGUCUAUGGUGCGACUGUCAAGGGGUCGUCAAUGGGAUACGCAAGUUGCUCCUGAAGAAACCUUUGAAGCGCAAUCGGCCCCAUUCAGAUUUGUGGGCGGCCAUGGAGGUGGCUCUUGGUGCGGGACGUGACUUGAUACAAGUCCGCAAAGUGGUGUCGCAUGGGGCCCUUGACUCUGCCACGGGGCCUUUGGAGUAUUGGGUUUACUGGCACAACAGUUUGACAGAUUGCGCCGCUGAAUCCAUCAACAAUCGAAGGGACUCAGGUUUUUGGGCAGCAUGGGAAGCGUUGCGUGGUGCACAAACUUUUCACCGGCAGUUGCACCAUGCGAUUCUUCGGGUGUUGCUCCAAUCGUCCAAACUGGCAGCGCAGGUGAAGCAGAAGCCUGAGCAGCAAGCACAGGUGGUGGCACCGGUUCAACCUAUGCCGGCACCGCCUUCACAAUGGGUCAUUGCGCCGGCACUUAUUCGGCGAUAUGGGCAGUUCAACAUUCAGGUGCUCCAUGAUUGGUGGACCACCAGUGGCAUUGAGAUGAUGCAAGGGUCUGAGCCACUGGUUUUCAUUUCUGGUAUACAGCUGUUUUAUGCUUUCAAUCUCAGUACUGGCUAUGUUGGACCGUGGUGUUUUCAACGGCGAUGGUACACGAGUGAGAGUGCAGUGCCGGAGAAGGGACGUGCCACCUGGGGCAAUCGCUGCAAACCAUUCUUGCUGAUGUGGAAGGCGUACCUCAAAAGCAACGGGGUGAUUUUGCCACAACGUUUGGCCAAGCCACGGUCAAUGGCACUUACCAAAUGGGUAGUGUGCUAUCGUGUCCGGUGGUCGUCGGCAAGGGUCGAUGAAAUUGACCGGAUCAUUCUCACCAAGCUUGGCCGCCAGGCUGCCACGCAGCAAGACGUGUGCAAUCUGACGCCGGCCAGAUGCGAGUGA